CACAAAGCGCCAGCCUCAGAAGUGAUUCAUCUUUUUUCCCGUUCAGAUAGCAAAAAUUAAGAAUUUAUUAUAUAUAUAGAAAAUGUUUAACAACAUAUUUGGCAAGAAACCUACCGUCAAGGAGCAGCAACGCGACAAUGAUCGCAAUCUGCGCAAAGCGACCCGUGACAUUGAACGAGAACGUCGCAAAAUGGAGGAGGAGGAGAAAAAAGUAGAGGCUGAAAUCAGACGCAAUGCAGCCGCUGGCAACAACGAUGCCUGCCGCAUUCUGGCCAAGCAACUGGUGGAGAUUCGCAAGCAGAAGGCACGUAGUUAUGCUGCCUCGGGCAAGAUACAAUCCAUUGGCUAUCAAAACAAAAAUAUGGGCGCCAACAUAGCACUGGGCGAGGCAAUGGGCACCACAGCCAAGACGAUGGCCAGCAUGAAUAAGGUAAUGCGUCCGGAGGCGAUAGCUGGCACUGUGCGUGACUUUCAGCAGGCGAAUAUGCGCAUGGAAAUGACUGACGAAAUGAUCAACGAUACGCUGGAUGACAUGCUCACCGAGUCCGGCGAUGAGGAAGAAUCCAAUGAUGUGGUCAACAAGGUGCUUGAUGAAAUUGGCAUUGAAAUCUCUGGAAAAAUGUCUAGCAUACCAGCCACGGGCUCCGCCGAGUUCGAGACCAGCGGCAAACGCACAGAAAAGGAUAUUGCCGAUCAGUUGGCCAAGCUACGAUCUUCCUAGUCAAUAUAUUAUAACCUUUUUUUGCUGUGCUUAAUCUCCCCCACAACUAUAUUUUAAAUUUGUGCAAGCACGUUUGUUAUUCAUAUUUUAUAAGACAUAAACAUAUAAGUAAAUAAAUGCAUCACAUUCGAAACGCUUUUUUUAUUAUCAAUUUGUACGUUUUUGUAAGACUUUUAAUAGCCCUUAAAAUUAUUAUAAUGAUAAAUAGAUAUAUUCCAAUGAAUUUCAAGGCUUUUUACAUAAUACACAAUUGCACUAAAGAUGAAAAAAUUAAUAAAAGGGAAGUUAAA